AUGGCUGGCCGUUAUGAUGCCAACCCUUUCGCGCCCGAAGAAGAAGUUAAUCCCUUUUCUGUAAGUGCCUCAGCUCCUCCUGCCACAAACUCAAGGCUUUCACCUCUUCCUCCUGAACCUGCGGACUUCAGCUAUGACCAUCGUGCCCCGAUCGACAUUCCUCUUGAUACACCUGCUACAGCUAUGGAUUUAAAAAAGAAGGAGAAGGAGCUGAAAGCUAAGGAGGCUGAAUUGAUAAGGCGGGAACAGGAAGUAAAGCGGAGAGAAGAUGCUCUGGCCCGAGCUGGAAUCAUUCUUGAACAGAGAAAUUGGCCGCCAUUUUUCCCAAUUAUCCACCAUGAUAUCAUGAACGACAUACCGAUUCAUUUGCACAAAUUGCAGUAUGUUGCAUUCACGACGUUGUUGGGAAUGGCAGUGUGUCUUACAUGGAAUAUUAUUGCCACAACUACAGCAUGGCUUAACGGGGAAGACGCAAAAAUUUGGUUUCUUUCUAUUAUCUACUUCAUAGCAGGAGUUCCAGGAGCCUAUGUGUUGUGGUAUCGUCCGCUUUAUCGUGCAUUUAGGACUGAAAGUGCAAUGACAUUUGGAUGGUUUUUCCUGUUUUAUGUGCUUCACAUUGGAUUCUGCAUCUUUGCCGCCAUCGCACCUCCUAUAAUUUUCAAAGGGAAAUCUAUCACAGGUAUCCUGGCUGCAGUAGCUAUCAUGAACAAGCAUACCUCAAUUGGGAUAGUAUACUUUGUCGGAUUCGGACUAUUUUGCCUUGAAUCAGUACUCAGCAUUUGGGUUAUCCAGCAAGUAUACAUGUACUUCCGAGGCAGUGGCAGAGCUGCAGAGAUGAAGCAAGAGGCUGCAAGAGGAGCUUGAGAGCAGCAAUAUGAUAACACUGCUACCUGAAUGAUGAAGGCUAGAGCAUCAUGACCC